AUUGGAACUUUCUUUUUUCGCUCUCUUUUUUACUUUCAUCACUCUAGUACAAGCUUAACUUGACACUACUCUAGAAACGCGAAGAACUCAAAGCUUUCUCCUGUUGUUCUGUAAACGCAAUUCUAUUCCACACGGAGAGAGAGUAGAGAAAUGGCGGACCGGUAUUUCCCCAACGAAAUGCCAAAUUAUGUACCAGAAAUACUAGAAGAAGCUGUUACUGAAACAAGCAAAGACUCGCUCACAAAGCUCCUUUCUCUUCCCUACAACACUGUUACUGAGAGACUCAAAAGAUCAGCUUUAGACAUCAAAGAUACUGUGGUUAGGGAGACAUGGGGAUUAAGUGGAAAGCGUGUGCAAGAUUAUACUAUUUAUACAGGGAUGUUAGGGACUGCUUACUUACUAUUUAAAGCUUAUCAAGUUACCAAGAAUUAUAAUGAUCUUAAAUUGUGUUCUGAUAUUGUCAUGGCUUGUGAUUCUGCUUCUAGGGGUUCUGGGCGUGUCACAUUCAUAUGUGGGCGGGCUGGUGUUUGUGCUCUUGGUGCUGUCACUGCAAAGCAUGCUGGUGAUGAAAGGCUAUUAGAUCUUUACUUAACACAAUUUAAAGAGAUCAAACUUCCCAGUGACUUGCCGUAUGAGUUAUUGUAUGGGAGAGCAGGUUUCUUAUGGUCCUGCUCAUUUCUCAACAAGCAUAUUGGUAAAGAGACAAUAUCUUCUAGCUGCAGAAGAGCAGCUGUGGAUGAAAUAAUUGAGGCUGGGAAAAAAUUGUCACACAAAGGGAAAUGUCCACUGAUGUAUGAAUGGCAUGGAAAAAAGUAUCUGGGUGCUGCCCAUGGGAUGGCUGGGAUCAUGCACGUUUUGAUGGACAUGGAACUGAAGCAAGAUGAAAUAGAGGCUGUGAAGAGCACCCUACGCUACAUGAUUGAGACCCGUUUUCCCAGUGGUAAUUAUCCUUCGAGUGAAGGAAAUGAAUCAGAUCGUCUUGUGCAUUGGUGUCAUGGUGCUCCUGGGGUAGCUCUUACCCUUGUGAAAGCAGCUGAGGUUUUUGGAGAUAAAGAAUUUCUGCAAGCAGCUAUAGAUGCAGGGGAGGUGGUUUGGAACCGGGGUCUCCUCAGGCGAGUUGGUAUAUGUCAUGGCAUUAGUGGGAAUACCUACGUCUUCUUUUCACUAUACCGAUUAACAGGUAGAGCGGAAUACUUAUACAGAGCUAAAGCAUUUGCGUGCUUCCUACAUGAUAAAGCACAAAAACUCAUAUUAGAGGGGAAGAUGCAUGGAGGUGAUCGGCCUUAUUCACUAUUUGAAGGUAUUGGAGGAAUGGCGUAUCUCUUUUUUGACAUGAUUGAACCAUCUGAAGCCAGGUUUCCUGCUUACGAACUCUAAAACUGCAAUAUCAUAUUCGAAAGCAAGUAGAUAUGUAAUAUCACUUUAGUUUAUGGACGUUGAUGCUGUCUGUACUUUGUCUAUAUGAUCUUGAAUCGCAAUAAUAUCUUCUCAUUUUCCAAGGA